AUGAAAGAAGAUUCUGGUGCCAAGUACAAUUAUGUGAUUGAACCUCUGAAGUUUGGAAUGCUUCCAGAAUGGGUCAAACCAAAGGAUCCUCAGCCUGUGCAAAGAAAAGAUUCUACCGGAUUGGAGUACUCCAGGGAAGUUCAGCAGCAGCAAGCAAAACACUUCAAUUGCAGAAAAGAAACUAUCAGCCGUUCGCAAUCUGUAUGGGCUAUACCUCGGAAAAACAAGAGGUGUGUCAUACCAAUCCUGGGAUACUUUGAAUGGCAAAAAACCAAGUCAGAAAAAACGCCUUACUAUGUUUACCUGAAGAAAAGUCCUCUCUUGUAUUUAGUAGGGCUCUACUCCCAUAAUACCAACUACAAUGAUACUAAACUCGUUCCAGCUGGACAGGAAUACAUUUCAACCUUCUCGAUUGCUACCGGGCCAGCACAAGGAAAAGGAUCCAAUGACUUGUCAUGGUUGCAUCUGAGGAAACCCAUCCUUAUCAAACCGAACACGCCAGAGUGGUUUGAAUGGUUGGAUCCCACGGUCACAUGGGAUGAAAAGCUUUUGGAUACAUGUUUGAACUGCGAAACAAAUCCAGCUUAUGAUGAGUUAACCUCGCAUGUUGUUGCACUGGCUGUGGGUAAUCCAGGUUUCAAAGGACCAGAAGCAAUUAAGGAAGUGAAUAAAUCACAAAAAUCAAUUGGUCUGUUUUUCCAAACACCUCCAAAACGUGAGCAUAAAAGCAAACCAGAGCCUAAACAAGAAAAAGCCGAUGCUGAAAUCAAAGCACAUGACGAUGCUGAGAAGGGACACACCAUCAAGGAGGAGAGUCAACUGCUCACCUCAGCUGAAAAGAGAGGACACAAGGAGGCGGAAGACGACAGUAUCGCAAAAAGAAUACACAGAUCACAUGGUUCAGAAGACUACAUAAAGAAAGAAGAGCCAUCGGAGGAAAUCACUAGUGAUGAAGAUGAAGAUGAAGAUUAA